GUUUCUUCAGACAUUUUGUUGUCAAGGCCGCUGAUCAAGUUUUAUUCUGUUUAUUUCACUUUUCUAGUCGAUUAGUCCUGAAGAAAGUAGCCUACAUAAUUUCAAGAUGACUGAAGUUGAAGAACAAGUUAACAAUACUUACAUCAUCCGACCGAAUUUUCAACACAAAUUUCGACCAGCAAUAGUUAAAGAAACAAUUCAUUCAGUAUUAACUGAAUUUUUAGCUGAUAAAACUUACAGUGCAGAUGACACCACAGACUGGACAAAAACUAUCUCUGAUACUAUUAAACAGAAAUUAAAAGAUUUGGGAUAUGAUAGAUAUAAGUUUUUAGUACAAGUAGUUAUUGGUGAACAGAGAGGAGAGGGAGUCAAAAUGGCUUGUAGAUGUUUUUGGGAUUCUGAUACAGAUAAUUUUGCUCAAGAUGUAUUUAUAAAUGAUUCUUUGUUCUGUGUUGCUGCAGCUUUUGGUGUGUUUUAUUAUUAGAAACAAAUUUGAUUGAAUUCAAACUGUGAUAUUUAUUGUGAAAAGAAAAAGAUGCAAAGAACAUAAUUAAAACUGAAAACUUUUGAAUUGAGUCGAAGGGAAUGUGUGUUGAUAUGCAGUGAGAACCAUCAUCAGUUCCAGAGAAUAAUUUGUUGAAAAAUAAACACUUAUCAUCCUCAUGUUUUAAAGCCUUCACAUGAUGUGAAUCAUCUUUAGCACUAGUUUCUUUUGAUGAUUACGAAACAUGUUCAUGGAUUUCAUAAAGAGUUUAUAUUAGAUAUAUUUUAGUUGUUAGGUGUCAAGGCUAGUAUUUUAGCUGUAUUGAUGUUUCACUUCCAGUGUUGACUUUCCUGUUAAUGGAUAUUUGUAAUCAAAAUAAAUUGUAUAUUUAGUAUGUUGUAUACUGUGUCUUGAACUCAAAUAAUAACACUAUAUCAUUGAUAAAACACACAUUUUUAUACACCCACAUCUCUCUAUGUGGACAUAUAUUGUCGGCACCCCUGUCAGUCCGUUUGUCCGUCCGUCAACAUUUGCUUGUAAACGCUCUAAAAACUAGAGUUUUUGAUGGAAUCAAAUGAAAUUCAGUAUGUGUAUACACGAAGAUCAAGUUUGAAUUGGAGCUAUUUUCCACCGUUAGAAGCAGAGUUAUUGCCCUUGCCCCAAAAUCUUGAAUAUGCUAUUACUCUCUUAGUUUUCAACCGAUUUUGAUGAAACUUAAAAUGGAUGUUAUUGGACCUAAAUCGAAAGGUUUGAGAAAUUUUAGUUUACUUCUGAUUAAAUUUAAGGCUUUUUCAAGAUUUAGGCCUCUUACGUCAGUUUUAAGGAGUUAUUGCCCUUUUACCUCUAUACAGUAAGUGCUUCUAUCAACAUCAAUUGCUCGUAUAUACUCCGUUCGUCGGUCUGUCCGCCCGUCAACAUUUGCUUGUAAACACUCUAAAAACUAGAUUUUUUGAUGGAAUCAAAUGAAAUUCGGUACGUAUAGACAUAUUCAUAAACGAAGAUCAAGUUCGAAUUUGAGCUAUUUUCGACCGUUACAAGCAGAGUUAUUGCCCUUGCCCCAAAAUCUUGAAUAUUUACCUCAUGCCACGGUGGGCGUAUAUGGCUGUAGUCCACUAUCUUUAAUUUGUUAUGCCUGUCAUUUUUCAUUGUAAUUUCACAUUGACAAUAUAUUAAAACGAUAUUUUCAUUUCA